AUGUCUCCCACCGAUUGUCAUCUUGCGCCCGAGGCCAAGCGAGACGAGGAGAUCUGGUUCGAGGACGGGAAUAUCAUCAUCGUCGCUGGGGACACUGCAUUCCGACUGUACAAAGGUAUCCUCUCGGCAGCCUCGCUCGUAUUCAAGGACCUGUUCUCCGUCCCUCAACCUGAGGAUGGCGAGACCAUGGACAACUGCCCUGUCAUCCGCCUCCCAGAUCCUGCCACGGAUCUUCGUCAUUUCUUCCGCGCGGUGACUAAGCCUGAUUUCAGUCAUCUCCGCCAUGACUAUAAGCCCGCCUUUGGUAUGUUGGCUGCAGUAUGCCGCAUCGGACACAAAUAUCAGGCCGACGAAGUUGUUGAUGCGGCGGCUUCACGCAUCGAAAACUUCUUCGCCCGUUGGCCUAGCACAGCGGCGACAAUCAUCUCAAAGAACAGAGGUAGAAUGCCUUUGACUUGGGAGUUGUUUUGGUGGGCGCACAACCGCCUCUGUCCCACGGCUGUGGAAAUUCAAGACGCAUUCGAAGCCGUCGGUCUGGCUCGACUGCUUGGUCGGCCGAGCAUACUACCUUUCGCGCUGUACCUAUGCUGCGCGGGAGAUCCGCUACACAUGCGCGAUGGUGUCCCUCGGCCGGACGGAGCCGUCUCGCGACUCUCCAGCGAGGACUAUUUGAGAUGCAUCCAGGCUAUCCCUAAGCUACGGGCGGCAUGCUCAGAUAAGAUACGCUCUGUCCUCGCUCGUUCUAUGACCGCUAGCGUGCUGUCAGAUUGCACCAAUGGAGGCCAGUGCGCAGAGGUUUUUGAAAUGAUGCACCGCGACUUUAUAGAAGAAAAGUACGUGCCAGUAGUCACGGAUUUGUUCGCGUCGAUUCGCUUUUUGCGUACCAAGCCCGUGGCCUAUACGACAUACUAUCUAUGCCUCUGUUCGAGAUGUGUGCUCAGACUCGAUGUCAUAGAGUAUGGCGGUGAGGCGGCCUUUCUGACAAAAGUUUUCGAGCUGUAG